AUGGAGAGUGUGGGCUUUGGUCCUAGGCGGGUGGAUGAGGAAUUGUGCUACUUGAGGUGUGUGUUGCUUUAUAUUGAGGCAGUCGGAGAGGUCCAGGGGGUUACAAUCAGAACGCCAAUGCAGUGGCCUCUGAAUAAGGGGUUUUCUUUUUCCUGCUGGCUCAGGAUAGAAAACUUUCCUAAAAGUGGAACUAUGGGGCUUUUCAAUUUUCUUACAGAAAAUGGAAGAGGAUGCUUGGCCGUCCUUGCAAAGGACCGGCUAAUUUAUGAGUCUAUUAAUCAGAAGCAACAAUGUGUUUCACUGCAUGUCAAUUUUGUUAGAAAGAAAUGGCAUUUCCUAUGUUUAACUCAUAGCAUUGGUAGAGCAUUUUCUGGGGGAAGUCAAUUGAGAUGUUAUGUGGAUGGAGUUCUUGUAUCAUCAGAAAAAUGCAGAUAUGCAAAAGUUAAUGAAUCUUUGACUAGUUGCGCAAUUGGCUCAAAAAUUAAUUUGCCUUCAUAUGAAGAAGAGAAUGCUAUAUACUCCGGGAAAGAUAUAUCUCCCCUUUUUGGUCAGAUUGGUCCAGUUUAUAUGUUCAGUGAUGCCAUUACUUCUGAGCAAGUGCAGGGUAUCUAUUCUUUAGGGCCAAGUUAUAUGUAUUCGUUCCUUGAUGGUGAAAUUGCAGUUUAUUCAGACAGUCCAUUGCCUGGUGGAGUUUUUGAUGCCAAAGACGGGCUUGCGUCCAAAAUAAUUUUUGGGCUUAAUGCACAGGCAAGUAAUGGUAGGACGUUGUUUAAUGUUUCACCACUGCUGGAUCAUGGAUUGGAUAAAACUCCAUUUGAAGCAACUGUAAUGGUUGGGACACAGUUAUGUUCACGACGCUUGCUGCAACAGAUUAUUUAUUGUGUUGGGGGUGUAUCUGUGUUUUUUCCUCUUUUUACGCAGUCUAAUUUGUUUGAAAAUGAAGAAAGUGGACAAGUUGAGCAUGCUUUGCUUAAACCUAUUACAAAAGAGCGGCUGACUGCUGACAUUAUUGAGCUCAUAGCUUCUGUCCUAGAUGAGAAUUUAGCUAAUCAACAACAGAUGCUUCUUCUUUCUGGAUUUUCCAUACUGGGAUUUCUGUUGCAAUCAGUUCCACCCCAGCAGCUUAAUUUGGAAACUCUUUCAGCUUUGAAACACUUAUUUAAUGUUGUUGCAAAUUGUGGCUUGUCAGAGCUGCUCGUAAAGGAAGCUAUAUCCAAUAUCUUUCUUAAUCCUCUUGUCUGGGUCUACACAGUUUACAGGGUGCAACGUGAACUGUACAUGUUUCUCAUCCAGCAGUUUGACAACGAUCCAAGGUUGCUUAAGAGUCUGUGUCGGUUCCCUCGUGUACUUGAUAUAAUACACCAAUUUUAUUGGGACAACACGAAAUCUCGGUCUGCUAUCGGAAGCAAGCCUCUACUGCAUCCCAUAACAAACCAAGUUAUUGGAGAGAGACCUAAUAAACAAGAAAUACAUAAAAUUCGUCUUCUUCUACUAAGUCUUGGUGAGAUGAGCCUCAGGCAGAACAUUGCAGCAUCAGAUAUCAAAGCUCUUAUAGCUUUUUUCGAGACAAGUCAAGAUAUGGCAUGCAUUGAAGAUGUUUUACAUAUGGUUAUUCGUGCUGUUUCCCAAAAAGCACUGCUUGCUUCUUUUCUGGAACAAGUCAAUUUAAUUGGUGGCUCUCACAUCUUUGUCAAUCUUCUUGAAAGGUGUGCCUUUUAUCUUGAAUAUAUAUGGCCAUAG